UUCGAUCUGAUCUUGAAAUAUCACAUCGUCAAACGCCCGCACCAUUCGUAGAUCCGUCGAGCCGAGCGGCGGAGAUGUCCGACGAGGCGGUGAGGGCGAGGAGCAGGGUCCUGGUGGUGGGCGCCACCGGCCGUCUCGGCGGCAGGCUCGCACGCGCCAGCCUGGCCGCCGACCACCCCACCUUCGCGCUCGUCCGUCCCCACCACUUCGCCCGCCCCGACUCCCCCCUCCUCACGCCGCUCGUCGCCGCCGGCGCCACGCUGCUCGAGGGGUCGCUGGAGGAUUACCCGAGCUUGCUCGCGGCGGUGCGGCGGGUGGAUGUUGUGAUAUGCGCGGUGCCCACGAAGCAGGCGCUCGAGCAGAAGCCUCUGAUUCGUGCUAUAAAGGAAGCAGGAUGCGUGAAGAGAUUUAUUCCAGCAGAAUUUGGUCUCGAUCCAACAAAGGUUCAAAUUUCUGACAUAGAUUAUGGCUUCUAUGAGAAGAAAAUUGAAAUCCGCCGUUCAAUAGAGUGCGAAGGCAUUCCUCACACCUACAUCUGCUGCAAUUUCUUCAUGCGAUAUUUGCUUCCUUCACUGGUGCAACCAGGCCUAGAUGCUCCUCCUAGAGAUGAAAUUAGGAUAUUUGGUGAAGGAAACACUAAAGGUGUUUUUGUUAAAGAGAGUGAUGUAGCCAAAUUUACAUUAUGUACCAUAGAGGACCCCAGGACAUUAAACAAGACAUUGUAUCUGAGACCUCCAGGAAACGUCUGCUCAAUGAAUGAAUUGGUUGACCUCUGGGAGGCAAAAAUCAAUAAAUGCCUGAAAAGGAUAUAUAUAACAGAAGAACAACUCCUUAAAGAAAUCCAUGAUGCACCAUUUCCCUUGAAGAUGGAUUUAAUUUUUAUAUAUUCAACAUUUGUCAAGGGUGACCACACAUACUUUGAAAUUGACUCGACGGUUGAAGGAACUCAACUGUAUCCACAUGUAAAUUAUACCACAGUGAAUGAGUACUUAGAUACACUAGCGUAGAACUCAACUUCUUGUUGUUGUUGUUGUAUAUCUCUACUUGUAAGUUGUAAACAAUGCAAUGUACAUUGAUGGAGGCUAAAGAAUUUUCUCCUAAAAUGAGACUUAGGCUGUUGAUCUUUC